GACUCACCCCACAUCCUCAAACACAACUUCUCUUUAUUUUCUAGAUCAUCUCAUUGAUAACAGUUCGUGGCACUAUCACAUAUCCAUCUACCCCCUCUCCCCGGUUGAAAAGACCCAUGCGUGUUUCAAGAUCAUCAACUUGAUGAUCACGCUUUCGACCGGAUCGGCCAGGCCGGACCACCAUAGCCAAGUAUAACACACAUGUCAGAGAUACACCGUCGUUUCGAGUGAGCGAAUUGCGCGGCUAUUCAAAACCUAUGAGGUUAGUGCAGGUUAUGCAAGUCAGGUCUUCUACAGUUUCAUCAUCGGAGACAUGGAAAUAUACCAGGAUAUGGAUGCCAACUCUAUGCAGGUAAGGUCUUAUGCAAUUUUAUCACCGGAAACAUGAAAGAUACCAAAUAUAUAUAGGGCUAGUCUUCUGAAAUUUCAUCACCGGUGACAUAAAAAAGAUACGAGGAUAUGGAUGACAACUCUAUACAUGCCAAUCUUCUGCAUUUUGAUCACCGAAGACAUGGAAAGAUACGAAGAUAUGGAUGACAAAUCCAGCGAUUUUAACUUCGAGGAAUUUUAGUGUGACAUUUAGUUGUACUGGGGAUAUUAGUUGUCAGUUUUUUGUCUCAGUCUAUUCAAUCUCCUUUAUACUCUGUUUAUUAAAUUAAUAAGUCCAUUUUUCAUAAUAUAAAUUUAUUAGAGCCGAGCCGAUCCGAGCCGAUGCUAAUCUCGCAGCGUCCCGAGCUCGAGCCGAGGAUAAUGCAGUUUGGUCUCGUGCCGCCUCUUCUUCCUCCUUCUUCCCUUCUUUCUCUCUCCUUCCGCUUCCUUCUCCGCCACCUCAAACACCAAAAAAUUAGCAGCGACACGCAAAAGCCAGAGGGAUUUUCGCACCAAAAAAUUCGAGGGAAAAAAAAAGAAAAACGCAAGGGGGGGGGCGAAACCCUAGCGAGCGCAGGUGCGAAUUCCGGCCGCGCAUUGUCGUCCCUCCACCCCCCCCGCGCGAUUCGCGCGCCGUGCCGGAGCUGCGCGGUGGUGGUGCGUUGUUGGUGUCGCCGAGAGGCGGCGGCGGCGGCGUCGGCGCGGGCCGAGGUGGCGUUGGGUUUGAUUCGGUUGGCUGGGUCGCUGGGGGAGGAGAGCGGCCAGGGGGGGAGGCUAGGCCGCCGGAGACGGCGGCGAGAUGGCGCUGUUCCGGAGGCUGUUCUACCGGAAGCCGCCGGAUCGGCUCCUCGAGAUCGCAGACCGCGUCUACGUAUUCGACUGUUGCUUCUCGACAGAAACCAUGGACCAAUUCAAAUACAAGAAUUACCUGGACGGCAUUGUUUUGCAGCUCCGUGAGCAGUUUGCAGAUUCUCCAUUGAUGGUAUUAAACUUCAGGGAUGAAGGAAAAAGUCUGGUUUCUGGCUUGUUCUCCCUGUACAGAAUUACAGUCAAAGACUAUCCCUGCCAGUACCUGGGAUGCCCAUUGCUUCCUUUGGACAUCAUCAUCCACUUCCUGAGGCUGAGUGAGAGGUGGCUUAUGCUUGAAGGGAAGCAAAACAUUCUGCUGAUGCACUGUGAGAGAGGUGGAUGGCCAGUGUUGGCAUUUAUGCUUGCAGGUCUUCUUCUGUACCGGAAACAAUAUAAUGGGGAGCAAAGAACUCUAGACAUGGUGUACAAGCAAGCACCUAAGGAGCUGCUUCAGAUGUUAACAACACUAAAUCCGCAGUCUUCUCAUAUUCGAUAUCUACAGUACAUAUGCAGAAUGGACUAUGAGUUGGGUACACAACCUAUUCCUUUCACCAUGGAUUGUGUAAUUCUUAGAGGAGUACCAAAUUUCGAUGGAGUAGGUGGUUGUAGGCCAAUAGUUCGAGUAUAUGGGCAGGAUAUUCUAACAGCUGAUAAAGGUCGCAAUGUUCUCGCGACACCAUUCAAAGCAAAGAAACAUGUUAGGCGUUACAGACAGGCAGAUAACAUUCCGGUGAAGUUAAAUGUGGGAUCCUGCGUCCAAGGUGAUGUGGUCCUUGAAUGCUUGCAUGUGGAUGAUGGCCUUGAAAAUGAAAGGUUAAUGUUUAGGGUAAUGUUCAAUACCUUUUUUAUCCAGUCUCACAUUUUACAGUUGAACUUUGAGGACAUUGAUGUCUCUUGGGAUGCCGAUCACCGGUUCGCAAAGAACUUCAAAGCAGAGGUACUCUUUUCAGAGUUUGAUGCUGAAUCCGAUGUGUCCACCGAAAUUGCCUCUGAUGAUGAUGAUGAUGAUUGUGGUGAUGAGAUAGAAGUUGGCUCUACUGAUGAGUUCUUUGAAGCAGAAGAAAUCUUCAGUAAUCCUGACUCGCAUGAUGUGCACAAGGAUGCUGAUACUCUUUCUGUAGCCUCUACAGAUAGUACUUUAAGUGCCGAAGUCAGGAAAGUCUCACCAUUUUCUAAUCUUGAGCUGAUGAAUGAUAUUGAUGGAUCACAAGAAAGUAAAACUGAUGACAUGAGUUUGUCAUUUGAAAUACUAAAUGAUGAAAAGGCAUGCACAUCUGUUGACACCAAUAUUAUGCAUGAAGACAUAACCAGAGUAGUGAACUCAAGUUUGGAAACUACAACGUAUGGAAGCAGAGACAGCAGCAAUUCGAGUUCUGCUACCUACAGAGAUAAAGAUGAUGGCUGCUCAGUUGAAAAUAGCAACUCUGAGAAGGAUAGCACGGUGGACCCAAAGCAAGACUUGAGUCAUACUGAUAAUGUGUUGGUCAAAGAGGUGAUUAUAUUGGAAACUAAUAGUCCGAAGGACAUACAGAUGAUCAAAGAAGUUAUCAUAUCUGAAGUCACCACUCCAAAACAAUUGCUGGAGGGGGAUACAAUGGAAAUUGAAUCAGGCGAUGCAGUCCACAAUUCAGAAAGCAUUGCAUCAGCAGAGGUUGAUAAUAUUGAAGGACUUGACAUUGCUCUCAAGCAGGGUGAAGGAGACAGUCCAGGAGAAGGAUGUGUUGUGUACGACAAUGGCACCAAACAAGAAGACAACAGCAAUACGGAGCAAGCUAGCAUCAGUGGCACAAAUGUACCAGUGAUUGAGCAUACAGAUGAGAAUAACAGGGUGGACCUUCCAUCGUUAGAGAAAUCACAUCCGCAGAGCACAAGUGCUACCCUUGUUUUGAGUUCCAGCGAGCAAAAGAUUAAGCAAUCUGAUGCUUCCAAUAGUAAUGAAACCAGAGAACAAACAGUGGGAAUGGAAGCUUCGAUAUCCAACUCGACAGGCCAACCUUCUAAUACUUCUUCAACAGUUAAUAUACUACCUGAAGGAUGUAGCUUGGCAGCAAAUGGUGCUCGAACUUGUGCUGGUACAAGUAUAGUUACAGCUGACUCAUCUCGACUGGUACUAAAGAAAAAAGGUUUUCUUCCUUUGUCAACAUAUAGUAUUUUUGCUCCAUUAUCUCCCAGGCGUAAUCCACUUCGUUCAGCAUCGACAGAUUUGUCCUUUCUUUCUCCAUUGCAAACAGAAUCAAAUCAGAACUCUGUUCCUUCUACAAGUACAGAGCACAAGUGGCAUCCAACACCCUCAUCCUCUACAUCCCUGAGAUCAUCAAAAGUACCAUCUCUAGUAAAUCCCCCUCUACGCCCAAUCAAAACUGUUUCAUCUCUACCUUCAUCUUCACUGGAAACAUAUCUAGAGAUGUCAACUUCCUAUUCUCCAGCAUCACAUGCCAACCAUCAACAGCAUAUUAACCCUCAUCCUCCCUGGAUACCACCACCUCGACAACUUCACCCUGCAAAGACACAGGGAAAGGAUUUACAUCCAUUUGGUCUGUCUUUUCCUGCUUUCAAAAGGUAUGGAAUCCCACCCCCACCUCCUCCUCCACACACUCACAGUACUCAAAAGAAUUCAAGCAGCCUGAUAGCUGAUCAUGAACAAAGAAGAGUAGAAGGGUCUUGCUCCUCUAGUCCUUUUAUACAAACUGUUCUCAACUUAGGUUUUUCCUCUCCAAUUUUACCAUCCAAAAGUAGCAUAGAUAUGCCAGAAUUCCUCUUAGGAGCCUCUAGUUUUCUAGAUGCAGAAUUAACAAACAGAAGAAAUAUACCAUCUGGCAUGGAUGUUCCAACUACUAGUGAAGAUCCAAAGUAUUUCUUUAGUGUGCCUCAUUCUUUAUCUCCCAAAAUUUCUCACCAUAAUACACCACAACCUCCACCUCUGCCUCCUCUACUACCACCAUUACCAUUGCCAAUUACAUGCAAUGAAACAGUACCACUUGUAUGCUCAAAGUCUCCUUCAGAUCCUUCAUAUAAAGAACCACCAAUGCCACCAGAAAGACAACCCCCCUCUCCACCUCCACCUCCUGGAACAAAUGAUCCUUCAAUUUCAAAUUUUGUAAACGAACAACUAGAUCCUAUGGAAACAUGCAAGGAGUUCUUGCGGUCUGAAAUGAGCACUGAAAGCUCACCCUCCACAGUUCAUAGAAAAGAACAUGGAGGCAUUCCAACUCCACCACAUCCACCAAUAUGCCGUUGGCCUAGGGGAGUUUCUUCAGUUCAAUCCCUUACCCCUCGACCUUCAACACCCCCUCCACCCCCACCUUUUCCACCACACUUGUCUUCGCUCCAAUCUCCACAACAUCUGCCCUCACUUUCGCCUUCACCCUCUACACGAUCCUUGCUUGUUCCUUCAAGAACAAAUGUACCAUCUCCACAUUUACCCCAACCGCCACCUAUUCAUAUAAAUCAACCUCCUCCACCUCCACCUAUGCUCCCUCAUCGUCCAUCUCUUCCUAGAAAACAUGCAACUCCAGCUCCACCACCUCUGCCUAGAGAACAUCAAGUAAUUUUUCCUUUGCCUCCAAUUUCACCUACAAGGCAUGUUUUACCGUCACCUCCACCACCACCUCCUUUUGGACGACAUCAAGCACCUUUGCCUCCAGCUCUGCCAUCUUUUGUCAGACAUAUCGCGCCUCCACCCCUACUCUAUCCUCAUUUCAGUGAAGAUUUAUCAACUCCACCUCUAACAACGGAUGCCAGAAUUCCACUGCCACCACCACCUCCACCUAAAGACACCGCUGGGAAUUUCGCUCCACUUCCUACCGAAGGAAGCCCACGUCCUGCUUUACCAGAAUGCCAAGUUGAAGCCCCAAUUCCGUUACCUCCUCUUGAAGGACUAGAAAGAAUUCCACCUGCACUUUCUGCUGAAGGAGAUAAAACAAUUCUACUGCCUUCUCUUGUUGGAGGGUUAGAAAAAACUCCACUACAAGAUGGAUUUGGAGGUGGAGCCCCACCUCCACCUCCACCUCCACCUCUUGGGGCAUAUGGAGGAGCGCCACUGCCACCCCCACCCCCGGGAGGAUAUGUGGGGGCACCUACACCUCCUCCGCCACCACUUGGAGUAGAUGGAGUGCCUCCACCGUCGGUGCUAAUACCUGGAGGAUACAAAAGGGCACCUCCACCUCCUUUACUACCUCCGCCACUUCCCGAAGGAUAUGAAGGAGCACCUCCACCCCCUCCACUACCUCCUGGAGCAUAUGGAGGGGCUGCAGUGACACGGCUUCCGCCUCCUGGGGGAUAUGGAGGUGGCGCUCCACCACCUCCUCCUCCACCCGGAGAAAUUGGAGCUCCACCUCCUCCUCCUCCACCCGGAGGUAUUGGAGCUCCACCUCCUCCUCCUCCACCUGGAGGAAUUGGAGCUCCACCUCCACCACCACCUAUUGGAGGGCUAGGAGGAACUCCGUCCCCUCCACCUCCUGCUGGAUUUCGAGGUGGAGGUCCGUCUCCUCCUCCUCCCGGAGGGUAUGGAGGGACUCCGCCACCACCUCCUCAGAGAGGGCAUGGAGGAGUAGGUGGCCCACCUCCCCCUCCUGGUGCACCUGCUCCUCCAAUGCCUCCUGGAGUACCUCGUGUACCCCCUCCACCUCCUGGGGUACCUGGUGGGCCCCCUCCACCUCCUGGGGUACCUGGUGGCCCCCCUCCACCUCCUGGUGGACGAGGUGGGCCCCCUCCACCUGGUGGAAGAGGCCCUGGACUUGCUCGUGCAUCUACUGCAGUACGAAGGUCAUCUCUAAAACCACUGCACUGGGUCAAAGUAACAAGAGCAAUGCAAGGAAGUUUAUGGGCCGAACUACAAAAGCAAGCAGAUGCUGACAGCAAUUCCGAAUUCGAUGUGAAUGAACUGGCGUCUCUUUUUACUAUUGCUCCAAAGACAAAAGGUGGCUCGAAAUCAGAAGGGGCUGGAAAAUCUCUUGGUUCAAAAACUGACAAAAUUCACCUGAUUGAUAUAAGACGGGCCAAUAACACAGAGAUCAUGUUGACGAAAAUCAAAAUGCCACUCUCUGAAAUGAUGAGUGCUGCUCUAGCUUUGGAUGAUUCAGUUUUGGACUCUGAUAUGGUUGAGAAUCUCAUAAAGUUUUGCCCAACAAAAGAAGAAAUGGAACUUCUAAAGAACUACACCGGAGACAAAGAAGGUCUUGGAAAGUGUGAGCAGUUCUUUCUAGAAUUGAUGAAGGUGCCAAGGGUUGAAUCGAAGUUCAGGAUAUUUUCAUUCAAGAUUCAGUUUCAGUCACAGAUUAGGGAUGUUAGGAAGAAUUUACAGACGGUGGCAUCUGCUUGUGAGGAGCUCAGAGGCUCUGAGAAGCUGAAGGUGAUCAUGAAGAACAUUCUGUUAAUUGGGAAUACAUUAAAUGAAGGAACACCAAGAGGUCAGGCUGUUGGUUUUCGCUUGGACAGUAUCCUAAAACUUGUAGAGACCCGUGCAACCAGCAGUAGAACAACACUAAUGCACUUCCUUUGCAAGUCCCUUGCAGGGAAGUCACCAGAACUACUGGAUUUUCAUGAGGAUCUCGGUAGCUUGGAAGCUGCUUCAAAGUUGCAACUGAAAGCAUUGGCUGAGGAGCAGCAGGCAGUUGUAAAAGGGCUAGAGAAAGUUGAACAGGAACUCACUGCUUCAGAAAGUGAUGGGCCAGUUUCUGAGGUUUUCCGCAAGACUUUAAAGGAGUUCCUUGAUGCUUCUGGUGCCGAUGUGCGCUCCCUAUCAGCACUCUAUGUCGAAGUAGGUAGAAGUGCAGAUGCACUUUCCCUAUAUUUUGGAGAAGACCCUGCAAAAUAUCCUUUUGAGCAAGUUGCUUCCACACUUCUGACCUUUGUGGGGUUAUUUCGGAAAGCGCAUGAGGAGAACCUGAAGCAGAUUGAGGCCGAGAGGAAGAAAGCACUGAAAGAAGCUGAAAAGGAAGCAAGCCAGGACAGAACUCCUGUAAAAUCAAAAGAUGGAGGCGCGGACAGAUCACCAAGAUCACCCUUCAAAUGAAAUCCAUCCCGAAACUUUGAUAUGGUCAUCAUUUAUUCCUCAACAAACGUCGCUUCUGCUAGCCUUGCGGAUCUUCAGAGGAGGCUCGACUGUCGCGAAAUGUGCGACUUCCCUGUGGACAUCUUAUGCCUACAAGACAAGAUACUUUCUGUUGGACAUCCACGCUUGAUAGCUCAUGACAGUGUACAAAGCUAACUCAACACCUAAUUUAGGUUCGCCUGUACAGAUUUCUGACUAGAUUUCUCCCCUUGUGUUUAUACUAGCCGUAGCAGCAGGAGUAGGCCAGUGAUGUAAACUAGGCAAAAGGAAAGAAGCGAUUAGUAGUUGAGAAGAAAUAGAAAAGGAUUAGUGUUACCACAGGCAGUUUUCUAACAGAAGUAGAGAAAUAUGUGAUAUGUAUGAUGUUGUUUUGUUUUGGAUCCAGCGCUAUGUAUGUAUAUGUAUAGCUCGAGUGUUUUGGCUGAUGAUUGUCAGAAGAGAAAAAGGGUGGUUUCUGGUUUGUAACACCCCAGGUAUUAUUUCAGAAGUUCUAUCUUACCAGCA